GGUGGCUGGCGGAAGCGUGACCAUGGUAGCCCUGGGCCCCACGGCAAAGGUGGACGCUGGGAGAGUGGGGGAGGAGUUGAUGGUGGUGGGUUUGGGUCCUGACGGGAGCACAGCGAAGACCACAAUGAAGGUGGCUGGUGGGACAGUGACAACGACAGCAGCAAUCUCAGGCUCUAUGGUGAAGGCAGCCAGUGGGAGCAUAGUGACCUCAGGCCCUGCGGCGAUGUUGGCGGCCUCAAGCUCCGGGGCGACGGGCCCCGUGGUGAAGAUGGCCAAUGAGAUCAUUCAGUCUCCCUCUUUUAGGUCACGGACGGCCACCCCACUGCCAAAAGACAACAGUGGGGCAUCUGUAUCUACAGUGGAGCCCAGCAGCAGCAGCACAUUGGCUUUCAAGGGUUCUGUGGUUUCAGUGGCAGCCACAAAGAGGCACAACAACAACAAUGUCCCUGUGUGUGGGACUCCAGCAGCCAAGCUCCUCAAAUUCCCCGGGCCUGAUGACAACCAUCGUCCAGCCCUUUUGGAAGCCUUCAAGGCUGUGGUAGCAGCUGGUGGGAGUGGCUGGCUGGACCCAGGGGCAGUGGCUGCAGUGAAUACAGAACUGGAAGUGGGCUGUUCCUCUGAGGAGGACCUUGGAAGCAGGAGCAGAGAGACAAGUGGCAAGAGCAGUGAGCCACAGCAACUCACCUGGACCCCCACCCUACUUGUGACAGAACGCAAGAGAAAGAAGAAGCCUAUUAGCCAGGAGCGCACAACCUUAGUGAACCUUGUACCAUGCACUGAGGAUAGGAUAAAGGAGCCUAAGCCCAACCCCCUGGGAUCAGAGGACCCAGCAGAGGCCUACAAUAUGGAGCCCCUGUUGUCAUUUUUCCCACCAGAUUCCCCCAUUAGAAGCAUGGUACCAGGUGAGUGGAGUGGGAGGGCUUCAGCCUAUGGAGUUCUGUAGUGCACUCCAUGGCAACAGAAGAUGUUGUGACUGUGGGUUCCAGGGUAUGAUGCUUUAUCUUUAGAGGUAGUCUGAAGAUCAUUUGUGUAUAUUUUCCUGCUUCUUUAUGAUGUAUGGGAGGAAAAACCCUAAAAAGAGAUUGAUAUACAUAUAAUGGUGCAGGAGAAGUAGAAAUGAUUCUAUGAUUUUCUGUAGAUGCCUGUUUCCUCUGGAAGACUAUGGGUGACUAGAAAAAAUUAAGAAUAGGACAUUUGAGAAGCCAGGCAACAAAAACCAUAAUUAACUGAGAAGAGGUGGUGGUAACUUUAUGCAAGCUGAACCAAAGGAAAUAUGGAUUUGCGGCCAUUCUGUGAUUUUGGUGUCAAAGAGGAGGGCAAGCACUCACCCACAUGGGCUGCAACUGGGUUUCCCAAGUUCGAGUGCCUUUUUGUAUUGGCAUGGCAUACAGGCAAUGCUGUGGGAUCAGCUCUUGCCUCUUCUCCAUGAAAUUUAUUAUCUCAGGUCUUUUCCAUCAAUUAUAGUAAUUCACCUUGGGGAAAAUGAUCUUGUGCAACACACCGGUAUGUCACUCAUUGUCAAAAUGAAAAAUGACUUGGGCAUCCUUAGAAGGGCCUUCCCUGAUGCCCAUAUCAUUUGGUCUUCACUGUUGCCAAGGCGUUUUUGGAAAGGAGCCGAAAAACCAGCGAGCAUAGAAAAGGCACGGAAGGGGAUUAACAGGGAAAUGUCCCAUUAUUGCAGUGAAAAUGGCAUAACGUUUUUGAGACAUGAUUUAAUCACUUACGAUAAGCCAAACAUGUUCCUGCCUGAUGUAGAUGACCUGUCUGAUGUAGGAGCUGAUGUUUUUACAGCAGAUUUAAAAGGGGCCCUACAUUCCUGCCUGGGCUUUGGUAAAGGCUAAUCUGCUUUUGUCUGGGGAAGUGAAUUUUUCAGGACUGUUCCAUGACAUCCCAUCUGUGCACGGGAGUCUAGAUUUUUGGGGGAAGGGAGGGAGAUGGUCAUACCGGUUGAAAGUUAAAGCUUUGCUGCUUUAAACUGUCAGGAAGGAGCAUUUUGCAGUUGUGUCCGCAUCCCAUUGUCUUUGGCAAGUUCUCGAUGUGGCGGAAGUUGAGAUGGGUUUGGGUUGCCCACCCAUGGAGUUUCAUAGGUCUGUGCACAAAAACUGUAGUAACUAUGGAGUUACUGUCCCCCCUUCCCCUGUGAAGAGGGGAGACUGAACAAAUACAUUAACUUGCUCAUGAGGUUAUGUUCAUUGUGUUUAAUUUUGUUCAUUUUGAUCCCUCAUAGCAAUAUUCUUGUAGACAAUAAGAUGUAAUUCAGGAUUAACGAGUGUCAGAUGGCUUGUUCGCAUGUUUCUAGCUUAAAAUAGAUGUGUAUGGAAUAAACCUUUUGUUUAUUAGGGGUGUGUGUGUGUGUGUGUGUGUGUGUAUAUAUAUAUAUAUAUACACACACACACACGCAUGCACCAUAACACGUUUUAAAUGUAAAUGUGCAGCAUGUUAUGUUGUCUCUUAUGCUUCGGCAUAAUAGACUAUAAUUGUUGGAAAGUUAGGGACAUUAGCAGGGCUUUGGAGCGGAGCGUGGAGCAGUGGAGCUGCAGAUUUUUGCCUGGAGCUGGAGCACAGCUCCAAAGCCCUGGACAUUAGGGCUCUGAUUAAACAGACUGUUUUCACACACCCAAUAGCAAUUGUAUUCGUAGAACUAUAGGGCUAGAAGGGCCCUCAAGAGGUCAUCAAGUCCAGCCCUCUGUGCUGAGGCAGGACCAUCCCUCUGUUUAAAAACCUUCAAGGAUGCCAAUUCCACAACCUCCCUUGGAAGUCUAUUCCAGUGCUUAACUAUCCUUCUAGUUAGAAAGUUUUUCCUGAUAACCAACUUAAAUUUCCCUUGCUGCAGAUUAAGCCCAUUACUUGUUGUCUUACCUUCAGUUGACGUAGAGAACAAUUUAAUCACUGUCUUCUUAACAUUGGGGAGGACUGUUAUCAGGUCCUCCCUAGUUCUCUUUUCUUAAGAGUAAACAUGCCUAGGGUCUCCCCUUCUCUUCCCUCCUCCCCACCCCACCCCACCGAUCAGAUUUUUCCAAACCUUUUGUCAUUCUUGUUCUCCUUUGGACUCUUUCUAGUUUAUCUACAUCUUUCCUAAGUGUGGUGCCCAGAACUGAUACUGUAUUCCAGUUGAGGCCUCACUAAUGCCAGGUAGAGCAGGACAGUUACCUCCAUUUUAUAUAUGUCACUCCAGUUAAUACACUACAUAAUGACAUUAGCCUUUUUCACAACUAUAUCACACUGUUGACUCGUAUUCAGUUUGUGAUCCACUACAAUCCCCAGAUCCUUUUCAGCAGCACUGUCACCUAGUCAGUCAUUCCCCAUUUUGUAGUUGUGCAUUUGAUUUUUCCUUUCUAAGUGUAGUACUUUGCACUUACCUUUACUGAAUUUCAUCUUGUUGAUUUCAGACCUAUUUUCUAGUUUCAGUCGUUUAAAAUUCUAAUCCUGCCCUCCUACGUGCUUCCCAGCAUGGUGUCGACUGCAAAUUUUAUAAGCAUACUCUCCACAGGAUUAUCCUUGUUAUUAAUGAAAAUAGUGAAUAGUUCCAGACCCAGGACUCACUCCUGCAGGACCCCACUAGAUUCAUCCCUACCAGUUUGACAGCAAACCAUUGAUAACUACUCUUUGAGUAUAGUCUUUCAAUCAGUUGUAUACUCACCUGAUAGUAAUUUCAAAUAGACCACAUUUACCUGUUUUACUGAUGAGAAUGUCAUGUGGGUCUGUCUCAGAAGCCUUACUAAAAAUCAAGGUAUAUCAUGUCUACUUCUUCCUCUCAUCCACUAGGCCAGUAACCCUGUCAAAGAAGGAAAUUAGGUUGGUUUUGCAUGAUUUGCUAUUUCUUAUAACCCUGCUAUCCUCUAGGUAUUUACAAAUUGAUUGGUUAAUAAUUUGUUCCAGUAUCUUUCCAUGUGUGCAAGUUAGGCUGACUGGUCCUCUUUGUUCCUCUUUUUAAAGAUAGGUACUAUUUUUGCCCUUCUCCAGUCUUCGAGUUAUUCACCCAGCAUCCAUGAAUGCUCGAAGAUACUUGCUUAUAGUUACGAGGUUCCUUCAGCUAGUUCCAUAAGUACUUAGGAUGAAUUUCAUCAGGACCUAACAACUUGAAUAUGUCUAACUUAUCUAAAUGUUCUUUAACCUGUUCUUCCCUAUUUUGGCUUGCAUUCCUUCCCCUUUGUUGUUAGUAUUGUGACCCAGUACUCAACACCAUUCACUUUUUUAGUGAAGUCUGAAGUGAAAUAGUCAUUAAACACUCAGCCUUCUGAUGUCAUCAGUCAUUAGCUCUGCUUCCCUGCUAAGUAGAGGACCUACACUUUCUUUUGUCUUUCUCUUGCUCUUCAUGGUUAAUUCUGUGUUAUCACUAACAAGUACAUAGGGCUUACAAGUAUCCUCUAUCCCACUCUCAUUUGAAUCUAGCUUCCAUCUAGUGUCUGACUAGUAACGGGACACUGAUUCUGUAUCCUGCUCUGGAAUAGAUGGUUUGACAAAACUGGGUUCCUCACCAUCAGUUGCUCUGCAACCUGUCCUCGAAUAACACAUUAAUUUCUGGCUAUACUCAAGAACUCUACCUUCCAGCACACUACAGGCUUGAAUGCUGACCUGCAAACAAGUCACUUACCUCUUUGUGCCCCUCAUCUUUCAUAGUCCCAUUUCAAUUUUACCCAUUUACCUACCUCAAAGGGUAUGUUAAAGAUAUUAAGUGCUCAGUAGCUAGGGAUUAUAAUUUUUUUUGUACGUCUGUAUAAGAACACAUAAUUAGUGGGAAUUUUCUCAUGAGGGUCCAGAGAGAAACUUUCUCUUGUUUUGAGAUCAUUUAUAUGAAUAGCGAUCAAAGAGCUGACUGUUGAAAUGUCAUCUAAUUCUUUCCCUAUGUUUGUGUUAAGCCUACAAGUCAUUGCUUAGAGGGAUCAGAAUAAUACUGUUUAUGGUAUGCUGACCAAAACAUGUGUAUAUUUUCUUUCUUAAGUGGCUUAUACUGAGAGGUCAUCAGACUGGGAAUGGCAGUAAAUCCAUGACUUCCUGUCUUUGCAUGGGAGUCUGGAAUGAGGGUGAAAGGGGGUUGAAAUACCAUAAGCUUAAUUGCCAGAAAUGGGCAAGAAGAAAAGUUGUCCAUGUUACCUGUGCAUCUUUUGGAAUAUUUGGGGUGGUCUAGGAGGUUCACGGAACGCCUGUCUAAGGCAAGACUGUCAUAAUGACGGAAUCUCCCAAGAGUGGAGAAAUUGGCUGAUGACCUCUUCAAUUGGCUGUACAUAGUUGAGCAUUUUUGUAGGUGGAACAUAUUUGUAGUGUGAACAGCACUGUAACUUUUUGUACAUUAAUAAAGCUAUGGGUUUUUUUUGUGUUCUUCUCUUCAAAGCUGUGAUAUAUUUGUAUGCCUUGGUGAAGUGCCUAUCGGUGUUUAGAUUUCUGCAGAAUAAAAAAAACUUUGCAUGCAUUUUGCUUUGCAUUGCAACCUGAAAGUUAACAUGGAGGGGAGAGAUGUUCCCAUUGUGGGGGAAUUCUAAGUAAAAUUCAUUACUACUUCAUAAAGAUUAUAAGCAACAUACCCUGGCUUUCCUAUGGCCUUCAGGUAGGACUGACACAUACUUACAAUUUUUUUUUUCACCCCAUUUGGUUUCUGUAAUGGCACUGGCACAGUGCAACUCUUGAUGUCUGUCCAGUGACAUUCAGAAAUGAUAAUGCAAUUUAAAAUUUAAUUUGGCAAACAACUUAGUUUUUCUAUAGUAUGAAAUGAAACUUCAGAGUAGUGCUGAGUAAAACUUUUAAUAUAGCAAUUAAACUGCUAGGCUUUUCCCUAUGCCUAUGCCCGUAUCUCUAUGAAUAAGGCUUUAUAGGCCUAAAUGUCAGUGCUCCAUAGUGAUUAAUAUGGUAGUAAAAUAAAUUACAUGGUAUUUCUUUGUAAAUGCUGUGGUAGCCUUUCACUUGUUAGCUUGUACCAGCGUCUGUUUUUGAUGGUUCUAGUCUUGGCUAGAACUUGCAUGUGGAAUUGAGAUAUUACAAUCGUUUUGAUAUAUAUAAGUAGAGAAAUGGGUUUCUCAAGGAGUUAACCCUUUGUUCCUCUGCUCCUUUUUCAAACUAGCAUGAUCAGACCAUUCCCCUUAAAGGGUAGAUCAUUGGUAAUAAAUACUAAUGAAUGAUGCUCUAUUGGCUGUCAGGUGGCAUUAACAAAUUAUUAUUUUGUUUCCUUCUCUUUUGUACCUCCCCAAAGGCCAAGUAGAGAAUUUAAAAAAACAAACAAUUUGAGGGCAGUGUAAUGUAAACAGAGUGUAUCUUCAUUUACUUUAAUGGAGUUACUCCUGACUUGCACAGAUUUGUAAGGGCAAUCAGGCCUUAGAGAUGCUGUUAGGUCAUAUAGUUUGACCUUCUGCUGUGUCUAGGUGACAGUUCUGACAUCUCAAUAACAUAAUUGACCCUCUAGCACAGGGAACAAAGGCCAGUGGUGGCUUCAGCUUUCCAGCUGAGGUCUUUGCCCAUGGUUAUGUUGUCAUUGAUUUGGGUGUAUUUAACCUUUAAAUGGAACUUUCAAAAUGGAAAUACAUUACAUUUGAUUGUUUAACAGAAGACUGAUUCCCUAGAAAUAUUAGCUGCAUACAAAACAGAUGUGGGGAAAAGGACAGUGUUACUGAUUUAGGCCAGAAUUUUCAAACUGGAUGCCGAAAUUUAGGUUCCUAAAUAAGAGGCUUGCCCCCACUUUUUUGCUGUUGUAGAGCACUGAAUCUUGUAAAAUUACCUGUAUUAAUGAACUUCUAUGGAAUUAAUAUUCACCUUUAGUAAAAUGCAGAAAGUGAGUUACAGUUUCACAAGAAGAGGUAAGAAGUGGUAUGCGAAUAAAACUUAAUUCUUUUGGUUUAUACACAAGUCAAAUAAGUUUGUUACUCUUAUGAACUGCUGUAUUUUUUUUUCUAUUUAUGAACAAGUCUGUCGUCUUAUCUGGUAAGAUGCACUUUCCCAUGGGUAUAUAGCAUCAAUUUUUUCUUGAGUGCUUGCAUUUACUUGGGAAAGUCUAGAAUAUAGUUUUCAAUGUCUGAAAUAAUACUUAAACUUACACAAAGCUUUUAUCUGUAGGUUUCAAAGUACUUUGCGGAGAUGGGUAAGUAUCAAUGUAUAGAAAAGAGAAGGGAAAACUGGAACAUCAUUAUUAGUGCAUAUAUGUAUAUGCUGUAUGUAUCACUUCUGUUUGAUUGUUGCUAACAAUUUAAUAGCUUGAUCUUCAAAGACAAUAUGCAAAGAAAUCUUAUCCAGAGAUUUGGCUUUCUUCCUAUAGUCUGUUUUCCUGGAAACUACAUAGGGAAUCCAAGUUGUCCCAUAGUCCUUGUCUAUGGAACGAUUACUUGUAGGAUACUGAAUAUGGGUAUGCCAUGCCGUCGGUGAGGACCUGUGACAUUAUCCAGGAUACAAUCUGGACAGCUGUGUCGCCUCAGAUCUCCAGCCUGGGGUAUCUUUCAUGCUGCUGUUCCUGCGGUGAGCAUAGAGGAAUGGAGGAGAGAGGUAAUUUGUGCUGUGUGUGUUUCUCUAUUCUACCUUUCUCCCCUCCUUGAAGGUCAUCUCCAGCUGGGGUUCAGGGGGCAGCCAGUCUGUUUACACAGGGACCCCCAGCUGUUUUCCAUUGCUAAUAUGUACAUUUCGCACACCUUUCUUGCCAAAGAAUGGUCACUUAACUAGGUGAUAAUCCACUUGACUUUGUUGGCUUAAGACACCCGGUUUAGUUGCUGGUUUGUCUUUUGUUUCUGAGGAACUGGUUAGUUCCUCCUUUUCUAAACUUGGAGCAUGUUACAGCGGUGUUAUACAGUAGAAUCUUAUACUUCACCUACAAUGUUGAUACACCUAUUUUACCAGGACAAUAAUGUCCAGCAGAUUGACUUGUGAGGUAUUAUUUGACAAGGCAUACUUUGUACAAAAUAUAUCAUGGUCAUGUAAAAAGGAUGGACAUGGGGGUACAGUCUGUCAGAGGGUCACUGCAUGCAUAGGACCCGAUCUAAAGCCCAUUGAAGUUAGUGGAGUUUGACUUCAAUGGGCUUUGGAUCAGGCCCACAAUCAGGUAAAUCAGUUUAGCCAAUGGCCAUCUCAUAAACAAUCAUCUCUUUUUCCUCUUAUGUCAAUUUAGUCUGUACUGGAAAGUGGUUGGACUGGCAGCUUUGGAAACAGACCUGUUCACAGAAAGCUGCAUCUGGAGCAGUGCAAGAAGUGCUAUGCCAUCUCCCCAGCGUAUCUUGUUGGACGGCAUACGGGAAUGAGAACUGGACAAAUGUCAACCAAGACAGCAGAGGGCUGCAACUUUGUUUUGAUGUUCACAAUUAUAGAAUGUACAUAUCCCUGACCUCAUAAUAACUGUGCUAUACUAUAAAUCUGGAGUUAAUCCGGGCAUAUUAAGGGGCAGACUCCUGCUGUGGUGCAGCAGAGGGAGUGCUGGGAGAACCAUGAUUGACACUCUGAUUCUCUCCCUCAAUCCUGAUGCAAGUUAGAGUAACGCUUAGGCUAUGGACUGCUGGAGUGUUACCCCUUAAGAUUCUCCCCUUCCCUGCAAGUGAUGUUUCCUUUGCAUUGGGGCUGCAAAGAGGGAGAUACAGAAACUCUUUGCACAUUGAAGAUUCUCCCACAUGGGGAUUUGGCAGCAAGGGAUUUGUGUGGAUUUGCACUCCCUGAGUGCUGCAAAGGCAGAGGUUAGGAGUAGAGAAUCUGCCCCUAAAACUUGAAAGGAUCCUAGUACAAUCAUGCUGUCAGAGCUAUGGCCUACUGGCCAUAAAUUAUAUAAAACUAUAUAUUAAGGAAAGUUGGGAAUAUCUAGUUAACCUCAUCAGUUUGAUCAAAUUACCAACAGUCAAUCGCAACUUUGCCUAUUAGAGGAGCUGGAUCACUAGGUAAGAAAUACUCGGAACAACAUUUUGGCAUUUUGUUUGCUCUAUGAAAUUAACCAUUUAGAAUUUGUCAAGAAAUGAAUGGAGAUUGGGGUGAUCAAGUUUGAACUGAUAUUUGCAAAAUGCAUUUUAUCAGAACAAAAUAGCCUUGGGCAUGGGAAAAAGUUGUAAUGAACUCAGGACAUAAGCCUGCUCUUCCUUUUGCAGCUUUUUUUAAUAAAGGGAGAGUUCUUUUUGUAAAACCACCAGUGUUGGAAAGCCAGAAUUAGAAAACUUGGAAGUGUUGGAAUGCACAUCUGUGGCCACUCAAGCAACCUUAACUCUACCCCUGUAUCCUGCCAACCUUCCAUUCUCUUCACCUGUUGUACUUAACGAGUAAGAUGGAAAAGUUUUAAUGCAGGGCUUUCAGAUGAACGUGGUUUUGAUGAGGACUAAGUUCACAGCCGGUGGCUGCAGACAUCUUAAGUCUGCUCCUGUUUGCUGAGCUGUGGAGUGCAUGGGUUUAGUUUUGUACAAAUAUAUCCAAUAUGAAGGUGUGAUCUGCUUCCUGCGUGGCUCAUGUAAGCUACUUUUAUUCUAGCUUUUGUAGUUCUAGGUACAGUAAUUAUGCAUUUGUGCUGGGGUCAAAGUAAGGCACUCUUUGGGGUAUUGGUUAAUUUUCUGAAUAUGAUCCAUUUCAGUUAAGAGAUGCAGUAGUGCUCUCUGCUGGCAUGUGGUCUUAAGAAGGCAGGCGCCAUUGUAGAUGUAGCCAUAUGGCUUUCUUUCAGUCCUCCUAGACUGGCAUUUGAGUGCUCCACAUGGGUUUCUUCCUGUAGGCCAUACCACUGUGUUUCCUGCCUGCUACCUUCCCUCCCGCACUCUCAUAUUAUGCCAAUCCGCAUUUAAGGCAAAAGGAAUGUGGAUGGUAUUUUGAAUAACUUCCACUAAGACAUUCCUCAGAAUUAAUCAAAGGCAGCAGUUCUCAUUACGAUACAACAAGCUAAAACAAUGAGGAGUUCCUAGCCAACCCGUUUUGGAGUUAUGAUGAGCAAAAAUUAGUUAAAGAAGUCAGAUCACCUUUUUUUAUUAUUAUUUAAAUCCUCAUAUCGCCUAAACACCAUAUCCAGUUUUACUCCUAUUUUCCAGGGUCCUAAGAUCCCAAUCUAAAAAAAAUUUCAGUCAAAAUCAGAUCACAGGUAAAUUCACCAUACUGCAGUAAUUGGGAUUGUAAUAUACUAUAAAUUUUCAGUCAGUUACUUCACUCUAAUUAGGUCUCUAAUCAGUCCUUUUAUUAGCAAUCAACAAGAUUAGGAAAGAUGUAAUCAUUGCUCUAAUUAGCACCAUUGGUAAUCAGACAAUAAGAAAAUGCAUGCUAUGUGUAGCUAGCAAGUUGCAAAAACAGCACUUCGUUUUCACCAGUAUUAAGAGGUAAUCAUCAGUGCCAAAAUUUCACCAGUAUUAAGAAUCAUUCAUUGAAAAGGCGGAAGGAAUGCACCAGGAUUGAAAGAACAAAAAAGCUUUUCAGAUGCUGCAAUGUUAAGGUUAUAAAAUUAUCUGUCUAGUUUUUCAGAAGGUUGUUGAUCACUGCGGGGUUUGAACAUGGUAGUCUUGGGAAAAAUAUUAGGACUGCUAUUAAUCUUUUUUUUAUCAACUAUCUGGAUUUAGUUUCUUGCCUCAAAGAUAAGAUUUAUAUGCAUUGUAACUGAUUCUGUGAAUAUGAUCUCUUCUGUAAGUCCUCUCUAAAUGUCAAAUGGAGGAGCCAAGUUAUUAGCUUGUGGGCACGUGCACAUUUCCAAACUACAUUUGUGGAAACAACACCGGACAAUAGGAAUCUACAACGUUCGAGGUAAGUUCAAAAGAUAAGUGAAUGCUUUUUUCCGGCAAGUGUGUCAUGUAUCCCAAACUGUGAAUCCCUGAGUGUUCCCCAGAAAGCAAGUGCUAAGGUUAUGGGUUGAGCUGAACAUGUAAUGUAAGGCAGAAUAUGGAGUUGCUGUUCGGAUAAAAACAUCCGGUGCAGAGAAAACAGAUUAAAUUGUGACAAUUAUAAUGAAGUUGCCACAGCAGAAAUUCAGGAUGAUUCUGGGGACUAGAAUGUCGAGGAGACUCAUCUGUACAGGAGAAGGUGGGAGGGUGCCACCAGGUUAUCAGGUGUGAUGAAAGGAAUUGUUUGGGUAUAGAUAAUGCAAGGGGUGACUAUCAGAACUGUGGGCAUCUGCUACAGACAUUCAGAACAGGAAGACCGCAAGAUCUAAGAAUUGAUGAGGUAUUCUAACUGCCCAGGUAUCUGUUGGGUAUAGAGCAACAGCAAAAGAUUCCAGAGUUCUGCAGGACAAAGCCGUGGUGCAGAAUGUAGAGUUUUCUAGCACAUGAGAAGCAAUCUGAACCUUGCUACUUUUUGAGGCAGGCACUGCUUGAGAUCAUAAGAUUAAUGGGGAGUGGACACACAACACAAUGAAACAUAGGUUAGAAAUACAGAAAAUUAAUGUCACUUGAACGCCAGCAAUUUUGUUAGCCACUACUCUCAGGGGCGGCUCCAGGCACCAGCGCAGCAAGUGUGUGCGGGGGGGCGGCAGUCGGGCUACCUUCGGCGGCUUGCCUGCGGGAGGUCCACCGGUCCCAUGGCUUCAGCAGUAGGUACGCUGAAGGCACCGACCUGCGGACCUCCCAUAGGCAUGCCACCAAAGCCGCCUGACUGCCGUGCUUGGGGCAGCAAAAUACAUAGAGCCGCCUCUGACUACUCUAAUGCAAAUAAUAGAGUCCCCAACUCGGAUUGGGUUCCCAUUUUACUAUACACUAAAGGGAAAAGCUUUCAACUGAACUUAAGUCCCAAAAGAGACAGGCUUCUGGGAGCUGAAGUCUCAAUGGAAAUCAGUGGGACUUGAGCGUCUGUCACUUGCACUUUAAAAAUUUGACCCCGUACAAACACAUAGUAAAAAAUAACCUGUAUUCCCAAAGAACUUUAGUUAAAUAUCCUUGAGGAACAACAAUUACAAAAUAUGCAGAGGAAAAACAGGAAUGUUGGAAGAGGCUUGGAAGUGAUAAUGGGCAUCACUACAGAUGAGAUUUUUCUAAUGUGAUGUGACUGCCAAAAAAAAAAAGGGGGUGGGGUGGGAGGAAAGGCCAGUGCAAUUUGGGCUGCAUAUACAGAGACAUAUCAAGAAACAGGAGGUAAUAUUCUCUUAUACAUCUCCAGUGCAGCUGCAACUGGAAAUGGCCCUUUCACUUGUAGACAGCUCAGAACCAGCAAACUGGUUGGAGUUUAGAGAAGGACAGUACAAAUGAUUACGGUGCUAGAGGUGUGACUUAGAUUAAAAGGAAAACGUGUCUAGCUUUUACAAAUGAAGCUAAAGGUGAGGUGAUGUGAGUUAACAAUUAUUUGAGAUGAGUUUAUAUAAUGUGCACAAGGAUAGAACUAUGCAGUUGAGAAGGAAACUCGCAGAAUUGUAGGAAAAAAUUCUAGAUUGUGAGACACUUUUGGAUUAUGGAUAGUUUUGUAAGGGAAGAGGUGGAAGCACUAGCACUUCAGACUAGGCCAGGCAAAGCACCGGAACAUGUACUGUAGAGAAUAAUCGGAGAUUGGCAAGGAGACCGCCUGGCUAUUGUAAUAGGUCUUUUCUACCUUUAUCUUCUGUGCAUUGAUGUAUUUAGGGAGAUGUGUUUGUGAAACUGGGGAAGAAAAGAUAAUUCGCUUUCAUUUACUAUAGUCCAAAAUGAGGUGUACUCAAUCUUGUCUUCUGCACUUGGUUUUUGUACCCAAGCCCCUGUGCCAAAUAGUCAUGACGACACAAGUUUAACCUCUGAGAACUUUAUAGUCUAUCACAAAAUGAAGCCUGUUAAAUAACAAACUUGUAUCAAAGUCUAGUGGAAACUGGAUGUUCAUAUCCACUAUAGACUUAACAUAGUAAUUUUGUGAAAGCUGUUUAAUUAAGAAGCCUAAUAUUUACAAGGCCUCAUUUCAGAUGUGCUGAGGGUCCAUAACACCACUGGAAAUUGAUGGGAGUUGUGGAUGCUUGGAGUUACCGAAAACCAGGUGCAUGUUGACUUAGAAAUAUUAAAUACUUCCAUUGAAAAACUGUCCUCUUAAAACUUAUACCCAGGACUGUAUCUAUUUAAUCAUAGAAUAUCAGGGUUGGAAGGGACCUCAGAAGGUCAUCUACACUCCAACCCCCUGCUCAAAGCAGGACCAACCCCAGCUAACGCCUAAAUGGCCUCAAGGAUUGAACUCAUAACCCUGCGUUUAGCAGGCCAAUGCUCAAACCACUGAGCUCUCUUUCCCAGAACAGUGGGGCCCACUUGGUUGUGUCUUUUAAGCAUUCCCAUAAUGUAAAUGCUACCCUUCCAGGUGAGAAGGAUGGGUGCACACUAGAGACCAUUGCAAGCUGGAAAAACUGGGAAUAAGUAUCCACAAUUAUAGGACAUCAGUUUUCCAACAGGUAAAAUGGAAUCCUGUCCUUUCCUUGUGCUUUUCUCCCUCCCAGUAGUAGAUUGGGAAAACUGUGGUUCAACUGUUCUGUGGGUAGUUAAAGAAAUGGAAGUAUCAUGUGUUUCAGAUUUUUGAAUGCUCCCAGUCACUGGCACUUGUUAACUACCAAACUACUGAAAAUGACAAACUAAUAAAAGAUAAAUAUCUUGUAUUUAGUCCAUAUGUCUCCUUAUUUCCAUUUCCAAAGAGGAGGGUAAACAUAAAAACAAUCCACAUUUUCAGUUGGCAGCAGCCUGCUGACUUUAUUGGCUGUGAUUGUGGUUUUUAUAUAAUAGACCAAACUACUGGGGACAUUAAGAAGGGAAGAAGUGAAGAAGCCAAUCACCUCCUCUUGUGGGGAAAGGGAAC